AUGUUUGGCCAAGGAAAAACUCACUACGGCAUCUAUCACAACGUGCGUGCAGCACGGCAGAUGGCUGAGAAACUCCGUGCGGAAGCAGAAAAUGGCGACCCAAGUGUCGCCAUGAAGCCAUCUCCGCGUACUCCACGAACUCGUGUCAAAAAGCCCAAGGCCAAAGCCACCUCUACCAACAAGAAGAGUGGCCAAGAUAUCCAUGACACCACGGAUGAAAAUACCCCCACCAUUACCAGCGAGACGGAGUUCGACAACAUGAUGAAGAUAGAAGUUGACGAUGUUAUCAAAAUUGACAGCGACUCCGACGGCGACACCAUUGUCAAGAUCAAGGACGAAAACCCAUUCCUUGAGGAAGGUUUUGCUGUCGCCAGAGCGUAUCUGAGCAAGUCAUCCAGUGUUCGCAAUGGAGAGUGCAACGUCGAUGUUCGCCAUGAAACUUUCGAAGACGCCGAAGAGUGCGCCGACGAUCUCGACGCGGCGCCCAAAUGGCCUGUCCAGUCAUGGUUCAAAGAUGAGGACGAGGCGUGA